CCGCGCCGCGUUACGUCACACUGGCUUACACAGGCUGUAGGUUGCAGGAUGUGGCUGCUGUCAGUGCUGAUUCCUCUCCUCAGGCUGUAUCUGUGUGGGAUCAAAGUUCUGCUCUACCAAAUGUUCAACCGAACCUUUGAGAUGCCAGGCUUACCGAAGCAAAAGGGAAGGGUUGCCAUAGUGACUGGGGGUACCAGAGGAAUGGGGUUUGAGACUGCAAGACACCUGGCAAGCCUGGGCAUGCAUGUCAUCAUAGCUGGGAACGAGCCAGAAGAGGGCGCUGCAGCUGUCAGGAGGAUAAAUGAAGAAUGCAAUGAAGGAAAAGCUGAGUUUAUCUUUGUAGACCUGACCUCCCUGAAAUCAGUCAGACACUUUGUCCAGAAGUUCAGAGAAAGAUCUCUGCCUCUGCAUGUUCUCAUUAACAAUGCUGGAACCAUGCUGGUUCCUGAGAGACGGACGGAGGACGGCUUUGAAUUCCACUUCAGUCUGAACUACUUGAGCCACUUUCUGCUGACCAACAUGCUGCUGGACCUGCUGAAGACGUCUGGAAGGCAGGGUCGCUGCUCCAGAAUUAUCAACAUGGCCUCUGCCACACAUUACGCAGGAGAGAUAAACCUGGAGGACCUGAACAGGAAAGCUGUCUACAGCUCCCAUGGUGCCUACUCCCAAAGCAAGUUGGCGCUGGUCCUCUUCACCUACUACCUUCAAGAGCAGCUGACCUCUGGGGGAUUCUCUGUCACUGUCAAUGCUGUGGACCCUGGGAUGGUGGACACGGCACUGUACGAUAACCUCUGGACACUAGCGCAGAUGAUGAAGAAACCAGUGGCCAGUAUUCUGUUCAGGACUCCAGCAGAGGGAGCCUCCAUAUCGGUGUAUGCUGCAGCUGCCUCUGAGAUGGAAGGGGUGGGCAGCUGUUACCUGUACAACGGUCAGAAGACGCAGUCCUCUGAUCUGUCCUACGACUCUGAGCUGCAGGCCAAGCUGUGGAAAAAGAGCUGCGAGCUUGUGGGACUCCAAGCCUGAUACCUGGAGAACUCCCAUGUCCACAAUGGUUCUCCUUCAUUGACUCUUCACAACUACGUCACCCAAAAACAUUGAAGCACUUUGAUGAUUGUCGGAAGUGACACUAGGAGCAACUGUGAUUGUGUUCACAAGUUGUUUUUGCCAAUACAGACAUGACUUCUACUUGUUCAGAAGAAGACAUUUUAUUUAUAUAGCACUUUUUCAGCAACAAAUCAGUUCAAAGUGUCCAGUCAAGUUAAUUUGUCUGCAGACGUAGUAGACCUAAUCGUGGCUCUUAGAUGGUAGUAUUUAUUAAAGUUGGAAACAGCUAUCUUAGAAAUCGGCCCAUGACUUCUUCGUCCUGAGGUGUUUGUUGAUUUGAUCAAAUCGCCGACUUUGCCUGAAGUCAUAAUACAUGACUUAUACAUAACAAUUUCCUUUAACAGUAUCAAAAAUGUAGAUGCUUUUUUGGUAUAUGGUUGGGUACAUUAUGUUUUUCCUUGAUGGUUGCAAAUGAUUAAAGCAUACAUUGUCUCCAUAAUACAAUAUUUCAUUGCAUCUUACUAAUACUGCUUACUUACAAAGUGUACAUGAACGUUAAUCUUUUUGCACCAAGAGCUGCCAGUCCUUUCAAGCAACACUUUGCUGUCCAUCGCCAUCUUGUUUCCUCAUCAAAGGUUUAUGAUCAAAUGACAAGUUUGGUUUACAUCCUAAUCUGUGCAGCAUUUGUGACUAUUUUACUGUGACAUCAACUAUGUGAUUUUUUUAAUUAAUUUUUUUUGGACAACCUCUACAGGAGUGCUAAAUGUUAAACGUGCACAGAAGUUGUUUUGAUAUCCGUCAUGCCCAUGAGCACGGCAUCUCAUGCAAAGGGUCAAAAGAUCAUACUGAACUCUCUGUGGUGAUUUUAUGCUCAAGUCCUGUUUAAUGUGCCUCAAACAAGAAACAAAUCCCAUUAAUUAUGCAGAGAAAUCAGAUAUGUAAUCUGUUUUAUUCUUCUGAGGACAAAGAUCCUGUUGCCUUAAGAUGACGUCUGCCACGUUCCCUGAACUUUGACACACUUACCUUAAUUUUGAAUGAAGUUUGCAGACCACUAUUUCCACAUCUGCCAUCUGAAUGUCUCAGCAUUUCAGUCUGAACUUUAAGCCUGAUAAUUGUUUUAUUUAUUAUUUUAUUGUAUUUUUGUCAGACUAGUGGCCUCGCAUUUGAAUCCAGGAUACAGAAAGCCUCAUGCCGACUCAGUGACUGAACAGUGAACAGUUUCUGAACAGUUAGUGUUGACUGAUUCCCUUUUUUGUUAAUACCUUUUUGUUAUUUUUUGUAUUUUUUAAAGUACAUAAAAAGUUACCUAAAUGUUUUCCAUUUUUGCAUGGAUCAUGUAAGAAAGCAGCAAGAAAGAACUUUUAGGGUGUGAACAGAGAAAACUUUCUUUGUAAUUUAACAUGAUUUGUUUGCAACCUUUUCUGUCUUCUUUGUGUCAUAGUGUAACAUGUUACCAAAAACAUUUAGCAAAAGUCUUACAUUUUCAGCUUUUCCACAUUUGUCCUGUUCCAACCACAAACCUAAAUAUGACAGACCAGCACAAAGUUGCACAGAAUUGUCAAGUGGGAAAAAAUAGUACAUGCUUUAAAAGGCACACACACAACGUAAAGUGUUGUAAACACCACUUCAGGUAAUAUUCUGCUGAAGGUUUUUAAUGUGUGCCUCUUCCUGAUUUGAGACAAAACGGCUCAGUUUCUGUCAGAUAUAAUGAAGGACAUAUUUAAACACAAGUUUAAAGUAAAGCCAUGACCUGCAAUGCUAAAAAAACAUAGCAUACUUUUGCAAAGCAUUGUAUUACUACAUAGUCCUUUAACAAAGCAUUUCUCCUUUAAUAGACUUGUACUCUAUAUUUCUUUAUGUUUUUAUUGUAAAUAAGCAGCAAAGAAUAAAUUAUGUAUAGGAAAUGUCUCACCGGUUGCUGUUAAGAGUUGAACACACUUCACUUCAUCUGUUUAUUGUAUAUAGUAGACAUGUUUUUUUUUUUUUUGCACUGCUGUCAGAGAUUCAAUAAAAUUAUUAAAUUGCAUGUGACUACUCUGAGUUGUUUGUUACCAUGGUUUAGGACACAGGCAAAUUUUUCUAGUCAGACACUAAACCUGUUUAGGUUAGCACAGCUUAUAAGUAACUAUUUUUAUGCUAACACUAUUCAACUUAAAAUCAAAAUAAUUAAACUGUAAG